AUGGAAGAUGAUUCUGAGGAAGAGAGGGAGGAGGAGAGAAGGUGGGUGGCGCGUGUCCUGAAGUUUGGCCGCUACAAAACGGCCAAACUGCUGGCACGCGGUGGCAUGGGCGCGGCCUUCAAAGUCACAGUGCGUGACCGGUCGGCAAGAGCUUUGAAGCUGGCAUUGCCAAUGGCCAGCGGAGAAGGCGAUGUCUUUCUGAAGGAGGCCAUGGCCCGCCAUGGCAUCAGGUACAUCGAGAUGGAGCUUUUGGAUGGCGAUCUCCAUACAGAGAUCAAGAAGCACCGCUUGGGUCACUUGCCGCCGGAGAUGUCGGGGAAAUUCCUGAAGCACAUCACGUCCGGCCUGAUGCACUUGCACAGCAGGUAUGAGAUGAUGUGUGGCGAGCUGUUGUACGAGGACCUGCCGACGGAGGAUGUCACAAUUCCUCGCGUUAACUGGCCGGCAUUCAAUGGGUCACUGCAGACGGCAUUCUACCAGCUGAUGUCGACCCCCAGCCACGUCCGUGCCUUGACUGUGGUCGGAGAACUUUCAGAGCUCUGCGGAGAUUGGGUUCAGCCGAAGACUGGAGCAGCGAUUGAAAGAGCCCGGAGAAAGGGUAAUGCUGACCCUCAGCUCAAUGCCAUGGCCAACCAGGAGAGGAAGAACCGCCGCAGAAAGGCAAAGGCUAAGAAAAAGGCGGAGAGAGGCAAGGUGACAGUGAAGCAAGAGAAGGCGGAGGACGAUGGCAGUGAGGAGGCAAACUUGGACCAUGACAAUGACGACGGAGAGGACCUCAAUUUGGAGCUGCAGAAGUUGGCUACCCGCCGCACCGUUGGAAAAGAUGACAGGCAGAAGCGUGCGCGGCGAUUUGAAGGGGUUGCUUGCGUUGCAUCCAGACAGUUUUGUCGUUAA